AUGGGCGAUGAAGUCCUAAGGCAGUUUGUGCUGGAUUCUGAUGAGGAGAUCGAAGAUUCUCCGAGUUCCAAGAGGGACAGUAGAACCAAUAUUGAGAUGACAGUCUUUGGAGACGAUGAUAUCAUCGAGAUGAGGGUCGGGCCAAGGCAUUUUACCAACGGCAACAGGCGAGCCGUAGCCAUCAAGCGAGAAGCGCUUGACAUGAAUCAUCCCAACGGAUCACCAAGGUCUGUCGGCGAACGGUCAUCGGCACGUGGACCCACGCCCGCCAAUGCAUCAUUUACGUUCGGUGGUGACCACGGCCGAACGGGUGUGCAGACUACGGAAUCUUUGCGAACCACUUCUGGCGCCAAAUCAUCCCUUCACACCCAUCAACGCGCAACAUUCACUGCUAUACCAAGCACUACAGCCCCUCCAACUCAUGGGAGCUGCAAAAGCAAAAGCCAAGCUAAGCGACCUGUACCUUCACCCGCCACCGCACCCGAUGCCACGGGACAAUACGAAUCCUCAACCUGCCAUCAAUGCCGUACCAAGACUACUCGACCAAAGAUGAUCUGCGAUCAAUCCUUGAAUCCCAAUUGCCUCGUUCGAAUUUGUCGCCCGUGUCUGAUGGAUCGAAAGGCUUACGACGAGAUGCCUAAGCUUCGAGGGCCGCUCUUCAAAUUCGUCCCUGGCGGCAAAAUCCUCUGCAUGAAGUGCAGGAAUAUCUGUCCUUGCGCUUCCUGUCGGAGGGCCCGAGGCGAGAGAGGGGUGAUGGGUAAUGGGUUGAAUGGGUUUUACGACUUAAUGCGCGACGAGCCAAAGACCGAAGCACCGCUAAGGAAAACGAAAAGGAAAGAAAGAGAACAAGCGAAACCUAAGCAGUCACCCGGCCACCCAAUCGUCGACAAGUGCAAGAAUGAGCAAAAGGGAGCUGAAGUAGUUUGCUUGGAAGAAUCUUGGGAUGAACUUGUUGGCAAAUCUAAUCGAACGAUCAUAUCCGCGGGAUGCUCGCGGAAGCGAAAGUUCUGUGCCAAGCAGUUCACCGAUGAGGAGAGUGAUUGUUGUAUCCCGGUCGAUGGGCCGACGAUCCCAGCACCGAAAAAGGAGAAGCCCGGGUUCCGCUCGAAGGAUCCCGAGGAUGUCCGCCAGGACCGGCUCGAAAGACAGCUGGAUUCCCAGAUCCGCGAGCUCGAACUCCGGAGGGCGCGCGAAGAACUCGAGCGGAACAAUGCAACCGCUGACGCUUUCACUAAGGCUAAGAUGAUCCAGCAGUUCUUGCGCUGUGGGUUGAACCUUGAAGACGCCUUGAGGGCUACUAACGAAUGUCUCUGCUUGCCCACUCAAUCUCCAGCUCGCCGUUGA